ACGAUGUUCGACGACGCCACGCUGUCGAUCUCCCGCGUGCUGCGCACGCUCCACAAGGAGCGGCGGGCCGACCGCAUUGCCCACCUCCGCUCCAUCGACCACGACGCCAAUUUCGUCGCCGGCGCCCACGCGGCGCUCGGCAAGCCUGCGCUGCUCGCCAACCUGCGCUGCGGCGUGUGGUACGUCGAUCAAGCGUUGUCGGCAGGCAAUUGCUACUUCAAGUCCACCGACGGGCACGCUGGCGGCUGGGCCUUCUCGCUCUCCCGCAUCAACAUGCAGGUCGCUCUUGCCGCCUCUGCGCACGGCGGCGCGAUGGUCGUCGACUCGACGCGGAGCGGGAAGCGGUUCCCCGACAGCCUGAGCAAGACGGUGCCGAUCUGGUGCUGCGUCGUGAACCGCGCCUGCGCAGAGCUGUCCGCCGACCGCCGCGCGGACUGGGACACGGACCUGCACCUGCCGCCGUGGGUGCCUCCGUCCGAGGCGUCGCAGAUCGAGGCGCGGAUCGGCGGGUGGGUGGCGGCGCUACGGCGUCCGGCGAUGGCGGCCGUCCUCGCCGGCUUCGCGCGCGCGCUGGACGCGCCGCUGCGGCCGGGCUGGCUCUGUCCGCCCCCUCCUCCGGACGGGGGCUGCGCCGUCGCCGCCGCCGCGACGGAGGGGGCGGUCGCUGCAGAGCGGUCCUCGUACACGUACGUGCAAGGCGCCGCGGACGACGAGGAGAACUGGGCGCGCGGGCUGCGAGGAGUUGCUCUCUUCGCUGUUGGCUAG